AUGAAUGGUAGAUUCAAUCCCAAUUCCCUCAGGGACUGGCUGCAUCUGGGGUUUGUAAUCCACCACGUUGCCGGGUGGAAGCGAACCCUUGAUCAGCAAGCUCGAUCCAUGGAUAAGCGCCCCAAAACUCUGCCAUGCAUCUCCCACCACGAUCUGAGCCAUAUCCGAUCAUCCCAAGGACAGCCGUUUGACCCUACGUUACACAUCACCAAUUCUGUCACCAAUGUGUUCUGUCUCCUGAACUUUGGUCAACGGUUUUCUAUUGGCGACGAGGACUUUCUCAAGCUGAGAAAUGCCUUAUCCCAGGUUCUCCAAUUUACAACAACCUUGUCCCAUAUUCUGUAUGAAGCCUUCCCAUGGCUCAUGAAACAUCUUCCAGGACCUCACAAGAAGGUUUUUGAAACCCGUGAUUAUGUAGCUUCCUUUGUAAGCAAGGAGAUAGAAAAGCAUAAGGUGCAUCAGUCUCUGCAUGAACCACAAGACUUCAUCGAUUACUAUCUACUUCAGAUGAUGAAAAGCAAGGGGGAUCCCAAUUCUACCUACAAUGAAGAGAACCUCAUCGAGUCCAUUAUGGACUUGUUCGCUGCAGGGACGGAAACCACCACCACCACACUCCUCUGGGGGCUGCUCUUAAUGACAAAUUAUCCAGAUAUUCAAGGGAAAGUCCAGAAGGAGAUCGAUGACAUGUUGGGUUCCUCUCAAUCAUUUUCUUACCAAGAUAAGAAGAAACUGCCCUACACCAAUGCUGUAAUUCAUGAGAUCCAACGUUAUCAAUAUAUCUUAUUGUUUGGAGUCCACAGACAAUGUUCAAAGGAAGUGAACAUGUUUGGUUUUUGCAUUCCAAAGGGAGCCACUGUUGUUAUAGAUAUUCAGUCUGUUCUUCUUGAUCCAAAGCAGUGGAAGACGCCUCACAUGUUCAACCCAAAUCAUUUUUUGGACCAGCAUGGACAUUUUGUGGAGAGAGAAGCAUUUCUGCCAUUUGGAGCAGGGGCCCGUGUCUGUCCGGGGGAGCAGCUAGCAAGGAUCGAACUCUUCAUCUUCUUUGUCAGAAUGCUGAGGACAUUCACCUUUCAACCGCCAGAAGGAGUGGAAAAAAUCCAAGAAGAUGUUGUAGUACGAAUGACUUCACCUCCCUGUCCUUAUAAGGUCUGUGCUAUUCCCCGCAGCAACGCAUAA